UCGUUUUGUCUUCUUGGUUCUGUCUUCGUAGACACCAUAAUGAGUGGCAUUUUAUGUAUUUUUAUCGUAGUUUAUUAAUAAAAAGAGUGUUAUUUAUUGUUAUAGGCUAUAUCUAUGUAAAUUUACUGGUAUAAUAACUAUUCUACAUAAAGCAAUCUUUUUUUAACACUACCAUGGAUCUGGAAGACAAUGCCAUGGGUUUGACGCCCGAACAAACUGAUAAAAUAUUACAAUUUCAAGAUUUAACAGGUAUAGAAGACAUGUCGAUAUGCCGAGAUGUUUUGCAAAGACACCAGUGGGAUUUAGAGGUUGCUAUCCAGGAACAACUUAAUAUAAGGGAAGGAAGGCCAUCAGUAUUUGCCACAGAAGCUCGGGCACCUCCAGUAGUCCAUGAUCAUAUAGCACAGCAGGUAUUCACAGAUGAACAGCCCGAGGUACCGGGUGGUGUCCGUGGUCUACUGCGUUAUGUUGUAAACUUAGUUGUGUCAAUGUGCUAUAACACAAUAUCAUCUGUACUGAAUUUAUUAUUAAGUUUUGUCAGACAUGACGAGAGAAGACUUGUAACAGAUCCGUUGGGUGAUGUUAUGGGAUUCAUAAACAAUUAUACAUCAAGGUAUCAUGCACAUCCAGUGUUCUACCAGGGUACAUAUGCACAGGCACUAAAUGAUGCAAAGAAUGAAUUAAGAUUCCUCAUUGUUUAUCUACAUUCAGAAUCUGCAAGUGAAACACAAAACUUUUGCAGGAGCACAUUAUCGGAUCCAGAAGUGAUACAAUACAUCAACACGCACGCUCUGUUCUGGGGCUGUUCAGUGGACAGUUCGGAGGGGUGGCGCGUGGCGCAGUCAGUGGGGGGUCGAAGGUACCCCCUGCUGUGUGUAGUGUGUCUGCGCGAGCACCGCAUGACAGUGGUAGCUCGCAGCGAAGGUGCCUGCUCGCCUCUGCAGCUGCUGCAGCGGCUGAGGAGAGUCGUUGGGGACAAUGAGCCACAUUUAGCUGCCGCAAGGGCUGAUAGAGUGGAGCGCGAGGUGACGGCGCGGCUGCGGGCGGCGCAGGACGAGGCGUACGCGGAGUCUUUGGCCGCGGACCAGGAGAAGGAGCGGCGCAAGGCGGCGGCGAGGGAGGCCGUCGCACAGCGCGAGCACGAGGACCUGCAGCGACGUCAGCAGGAGGAGCGGCACAAGCAGCAGUUGGUGGAGGCUCGCGCGGCGAUGGCGUCGCGACUGCCUGUGGAGCCUGGACCAGGUGCUGGCACUGUGGCGCUGCUCAUACGUCUUCCCGGUGGAGAGCGCCUCACCAGGAGAUUCACACUCGCACACACCACGCAGGAUUUAUACGAUUUUGUAUUCAGUCACCCGCAAGCGCCAGAGGAAUUUGAAAUAACUACUAAUUUCCCGAAGCGUGUUGUAGCGAGAGGAGUCGCUAAGUUACAAGAUGUAGGUCUCAAAGAUCGAGAUGUUUUAUUUGUUAAUGACACAAACGCAUAAAUUAUACAAAUAAAUAAAUCGAGCCAUUUAACGAAUAAAUACAUCUCUACAUUUAACAGAUGUACCUUUUUUCAUCGGAAGACUUGAAAUAUGUGAACGUGAUGUGUCAGAGUUAAGCAUUUAAUAAAUAAUCUUAUCCAAUUGAUCAUUUAUUGAUUUUUUUUGUAUUUGUAUAUUUUGGUGAAAAACAUAAAAUGGCAAUUGAAAAGUAAUAUCACAUAGUUAAUUGGUUAAAGACCAAAA